CUUGGCAGAAGCUCCCGAGUAUGCACGUGCUGCAGCUGCCGUUCAAAUUGCUUAGCAUUACGGGGAUCUGGCAGCCAGUUGACUGGGUUAAACCGUGGAAAAAGUGCGCUUACGUGCUGUUCUCGCUCGCCUGCAUCGGACUGUUCCUCGUGACGCACUUGUCGAUGCUCGGCUAUCUCCUGACUGCCAAAACUUGGGAGCAACUUAGCGACAGAAUGUUUUUGAUACCGACGGGCAUCUCCGGGCUGCACAAGCUCUUCUUCGUGAUCGCCAAUAGGCAGAGGAUCAUUGACUUGGCCGAUUCAUUGUUGAGCAAAUGCUGCUUGCCGCGGAACGAAGAGGAGCUCGCUAUUCAGACGAGAUAUGACGAGACUAUCAGGUCGAUUACGGUAGCAUGCACGUGCCUCGUGAACGUCACCAUGUUGAAUCUAGUCGCCCUGCCAUUACUGCCAUCAUCGAGCAGUCAAACUUUACCGCUGAAAGUUUGGCUGCCCUAUCGGACCGAGUCGAUGUUGUCUUACUCGAUAACGUACGUUCAUCAGUCACUGGGCAUUGUAAUCGUUGGAACCAGUGCGGUCGGCUGUACCAUAAUGAUCAACGGCUUUCUAUUUCUAGCUUGCGCUCAGUUCGAGCUUCUGAGUCACAGGUUCCACAAGCUGCCGGAGAUGCUCGGGAGACUGCGCUCGUCGGGUGCGCCGCAACGACUGAUUCGCGAUUACGAGACAAGCGUCAUGAAGGAAAACGUUCGGCAUCACCUUUUCAUAUUUAGUUUCGCCGAAACCUUCAACGACAUCUUCAAGUCGGUGAUAUUACAGCAAUUUUGCCUCAGCUCGAUCGUAGUGUCCGUGAGCGUUUAUCAAUUGUCGACGAGGCAGCAGAUGAACAUGGAAUUCUUGAUGUGCUUCUUCUACCUGAUAUGCGUGCUAACCGAAUUCCUCGUCUACUGUUGGUUCGGCAACGAGAUAAUGUUCGAGAGCAGCCACUUCCGAGACUCCGUUUACGCCACAACCUGGACUUCGCUGAGCAGCGGCGCGUGCAGAGAUCUCGCACUAGUAAUAUUGAGAGCCUCGAGACCAAUAGUCAUUUAUUGCGGUCACUUCAUUGUGCUGUCUCUCGAGUCGUACAUCGGCAACGCUCAUGGACGCGUAGCAGUUGUUACGUUAUGUUUGCGACACUGUGUAUCUCUAAAUAUAUAGUGUUUACACCUCAACUAUAACAUUGCUGUUGCUGUUUGUCUCAUUUUCGCGCCUGCGAAACGUCAUUUUCAGUCGCAACGCCGCGAAUGGCAGUCGAUCGAGUACUUGAUCUGGCGCCGGCCACACUAGCUAGUCCGCUAAUUGCGGACAUUCGAAUUUAUUUAUAAGAUGAUUCGAUUAACCGAGUCUUCGACUCAAAUCGCUCAAACGUACCAGGUAGAACGGCGGAAGCAAUUGCUAAUUUUUCCGACGAUCAAACAAAUUUACCGUUCUUCACAAGGGUUUUUGAAUUCGGUGUAGCUCUGAAUAUCGAUUUCCGGGCUUAAUUGUAAUCGAAAUCUGUGAUCGACAAAGUGACGCUGACCCGGAGGGGCCAAAUAUCACAAGAGAUAAGACUUUUACUUGGCUCGAGCACGUGGAACGCCGAUGACAUAGUUUGUCCGCUUGUUUGAUUAGUGCAAGCGCUGCAGUCACAUA